AUGUCGCCGCCCCAACUACUUCCCGCUGGCUUCACCAACAGGGGCUACGGGCUAUCCUCCUUCUCAGAGCCGGGCAACGUCAUCGACCUCCCGACCCCGCAGGCCGGGCCGGGAAGCGUCGUCGUGCAGGUCGUGGCAACGCUGAUCCUGCCAUACAUCGCGCAGGUGCACCGCGGCGAGAUCCCGCAGCUCAAUCUUGCGCUACCGCUCGUGCCCAACGCCAACUGCGUCGGCCGUGUGCUGGACGUGGGACCGGACGCCGCCAGGAUCAAACCCGGCGACUGGGUAUGGGUCGAUGGUACAGUGUAUGCUAGGGACGACACGCUCGUCAAGAUCGUGCAAGGUCACCAUGGCGGCGAGGGGCCUGAGGGAAGGGUUUUGAUGCAGGGUGAGUGGAGGGAUGGGAGCAUGCAGAAGGUCAUGAAGGCACCGCUGGAGUCUUGUUUCCUGAUCAACAAAGAGUAUUUAUUCGGGCAGGAAGGCCACGCGCCUGAGGAGCUUACUCCAAUUAUCUUGUAUAAUAUUGCUGGAGGGGCGAUAUUCGAGACAGCUAAAGUGCAGGUCGGCGACACCGUGGUGAUAGGCCCGGCGACGGGCAGCUUUGGCGGUGCGGCGGUGGAGCUGGCACUGCUGUCUGGAGCCAAGGUAAUUAUGCUGGGGCGGUCCGAAGGGACUCUCAAGACGAUGAAGGAGAAGCUGGGCAAUCCGGAAAAAUUGCAGUACAUUGCCAUGAGCGGCGACGUGGAGAAGGACACAGAGGCGAUCAAGAAGUUGGCGCCGGGAGGUGUGGAUGUCUUCAACGACUGGACUCCGGGCUGGUUCGAGAAACCCUUAUAUCUUCCUGCCGCCUUCCAAACGCUGAAACCUUGGGCUCGAAUUGUGCUUAGUGGCGCGCCAUAUGGCACGCUUGAGCUUCCGUACAAGACCGCCCUUCAUCUCAACUGGCAGAUCCUGGCUAGAUGGGCUAAUACACGGGAGACGAUGAUAAGGAUUGUGAAGCUUAUUAACGAUGGUGUGCUGAGAAUAGGCAAGUCUGGUGGGUCGGAGUUUAAGACAUUCGAAACCAUAGAGCAUGUGGAAAGUGCGAAGGAGCACGCUGCGGACGGGGGACGGUUCAAGUCUUACACGAUCUUGAAGCCGAACGGGGAGGUGAAGCCAACGCUGGGGUAG